AUGGCGUCGUCCUUGGUCAUUCCGGAGAAGCCGACGCACAGGCCUGGUGGUUGUGCUGGUAUUUUCUUUCAGCUUUUGGAUUGGAAACGCAGAUUUGCCAAGAGAAAGCUCUUCACCCAGAAAGUACUGCUUCCUUCGUCUCCCGCGAAACAACUGCCGGCCAACGACAACAAGAUGCCCAUUUCUUCUAAGCUUCAUUUGAUUGCUGAUGAAAAUAGUGGGAAGAACUUGAAGAAAACUAUUAAGUUUCCAUGUGAGUUUGAUCAGAAGCGUGAGCUUCGAGCUCCGGGUUUGGUUGCUAGGCUAAUGGGUCUCGAGUACAUGCCUUCGGCCCAUGAGAAGCAAUGUGUUUCUGAUGGAACAAAGCUACUGGAAACAGGAGAAGAAAUGUCUGAAUCAAGGCCUCAAAAGCUUCAGAGAAUUAGUCGACUCUAUGAUAAAACAGCAAUGACUAGGUUCGGAGCUGAGAGUGUUUUACCCAGGUCAAGAAAGCAUCACAAGCUUGCUUCUCCAGUCAAGAGUUCACACAUCUCCUCUGGUAAGAGUAAGACUGCCUCAAGAACCUCGCGGUUGAUUGGUAAGACUGCCACUAUAAUUUUGGAUUCGGGGCUGCACUCUACGAAUAGAGCCAAAUGUGCUCUCCCCAGCUCUUCUCGUUAUCCUCGAGCACCAGCCAUAUCUGAGAAGAAGAGCAACUCUCUGAUGGGGCAGACAUGUUGCAAAGAUUAUGGUAAUUUGCGACAUGUUCCGGAACAACAACAUGUGUUACCAUCCUUUGCUUCAAACAUUACUAAUUACUCUUCACUGGUAACAGAACAGAGUAGUCCGUCCAUAUCCUCCUCUGGGCAAGCUAAGGAUUUAAGUUUUCAGAGAACAAGGGAGCAACCUUUAUCAGUUUCUGGUCAAAAGUGCACUGAAACAUUUGGUCAACCUGUUAGGGGAAGUAAGUCUCUGUCUCCUGAAGGUCAAGCUUCAUGCCAAUUGUCAUGCAAGCCUCACAGAUAUCAAAUGCAGCACCCAAUGUCACUAGGCAAAGAAAGAAUUCCGCCCAGAUAUAAAUGGCAUAAUCUUGAUAGCAGAAGGGGCUCAUCGCCUGCAAAUGCUGAUAGAGGGAACAAAAACUUUGUUUCCUUGAACCGAAGUGUGAGCAAUCACCCUCUGGUAUGUACCAGAAGGAAAUAUUCGAAAGCAAAUAUUGGGAAAGAUGAGUGCUCAUAUCAGUUAAGAACCUUAACACAAAAGAGGAGGAUGACCCAUGUCAGUGGACAAAUUACAAAUAGAGGUAUUGUUACUCCAACUACCACAUUACAAAGGAAUGCUCAGUUUGCUGCACCAGCAGGAACUGGAUUAGGAAAUGGUACCUGUACUGACUUGAUGAGCCAGACUUUUGGUAAUUGUGAAUUAGCUGAUAAACAAGAUGGUAAUAGAGCUUCUGGAAAUACAGGCACUGAUGUCAUCUCAUUCACGUUUAGUUCCCCAAUAAAGAGCAAGGCUGGAAUAUCGGCAGAAAUGGAAGGUACGGCCAUUGACCAUGAUAGAAAGAUCUAUUUCCGGAAACCAUUGUCUUUGAGUGGAGAUACUGUUGGUGUCUUUCUGGAACAAAGGGAGCUAACUUGUCUUGAAUAUGAUGACUUGGCGAUAGGUGCUUCAUCCAAGGGAUCCACAGCUAUGAUUCACAAUGGUCGCAUUUCGCGUCAAUCUCCGGAAAUCUUUACAGCAAAAUGGAACGCAAAUAAGUCGGCUGGAGCAUCUCUUGAUGGUAAUCAUCUGAGUCCAGGAUCUGUUCUUGAAGCUUCAUUCUCUUCUAGUAGUCUGGAUGACAGCUCAGGGCGCCCUAUCCCUCUGGACUACCCUGAUGAUCAUUUGCAUGCACAAGGAUAUGCCGCUAAUCUUAUCAGUUGUGCCACUUCUGGGGCCAAAAAGAAGACCAGUAGAGAGUUGAUAAUUUCUCUUCUGAACAGUGUAUCUAGGAUAUUGUAUAGCAUCAAUGUGGGUGGCGAGAGAGUAAGAAGGAAGCUGAUUCAAGCAUAUGAAAUUAUCCUAAAUGCUGAACUAUUAUUUGGAGAUGCAACAAUGAAUGAUAUGGAUGGAAUGGAGGGGCUCUUCAUGAGUCCCUUUCUGGUGGAAAUUAUUGCUAGAAGCAGGGAUCCUAGUGUCAAUGUCUUUGGUGGUUUGGAGGACAUCUUAACGGGAAGCCAACUGUGUGAGUUAUAUUUUGACCGUGUUGUGGAGCAUAUAGACUCGAAGUAUGUCUGGUACUGUAACGGAGGAUUCAGAUUUUGGAAUGAACUGCCUUUUAGCAUGAGCCGGAAGAUGAUGAUUCAAGAGGUUGAAGAGGAGAUUAAGAAAUGGACACGCUUGUCUGGAAUGUUACCUGAUGAGAUUGCCGACUGGGAGAUGAGUCAUUCCUUGAGGAAAUGGACAGAGUUUAAUGUUGAGGCUUUUGAGGCUGGAUCUGAGAUCGACGGAGACAUUCUUCAAAGUUUGGUCAGUGAGGUUGCGGUAGACCUGUGGGAGUGCAGCCUUGACUCGUUUUGAUGCACCAUAC